AAGGCCCGCCCAAUUCUGAGCUGUACAGAACUAGCUCUGGACGGCUGCGGGACAGCACUCGUCAUUCCUCUCGGCUCAGCUACCAUGUGUCGCUCCCGCAGCUCUCUGCCCACCAUGACCGUCCUGCGGGCCCCGACCCCGGUACCAUCCACCAGCCCUGGACCCCGGCGGGGCUCCGGUCCAGAGAUCUUCACGUUCGAACCUCUCCCAGAGUCGGCGAUGGGCCCCGCCGCGCGCCCCAGCACCUACCGCGGGCACCGAAAGCGCAGCCGUAGGGUCCUCUAUCCACGAGUGGUCCGACGCCAGCCGCCUGCCGAGGACCCGAACCCUGCCAAAAGGCUUCUCUUUCUCCUGCUCGCCAUCGUCUUCUGCCAGAUCCUGAUGGCUGAAGACGGUGUGCCGGCGCCCCUGACCCCAGAGGACGCCCCCAGCGCCGAGCCCCCAGCGAUCACCCCUGCGCCCCCAGCCCUCGAGGCCCUUAAUCUGACCGCGGAGCCCUCAGACUACACUCUGGACCUCAGCACUUUUCUCCAGCGACACCCGGCCGCCUUCUGACCGUGACUCCUCACACCCGAAACAGAGUAUGAAAAAGCAAAGAAACACCAGGUGUAUCUGGUGUGCGAGAGCGUAUCCCAAACUGGGACUCCCGGCACCUCGCACUCAACACUACAGGAGAGCCUCCAGCCCUCCCGGAUGGCACACGCGCGGGCACGCCGGGCGGGGAAAGCGGCGGCGUUAAUUUAUGUCUCAUUGCUCCUAAUUAAUAUUUAUAUGUAUUUAUGCAUGUCCCUUAGGUGAUAGAGGGGUGUAUGUAAUAUUUAUUUAAUUUAUGCGAGGGUGCGAGGCAUGUCCGCAACUGCACUUGUGGUCUCUUUACUGAACUUGGUGGAACUGGCGACACGCCUGGAACCGAGGGAGGUGGGAGGGAAUGGAGAGGACGGAUCCGGAGAACGCCCUGCGAGGGGCAAGGACAGGGGUGGGUCGUAGGUUUAGGGGGUGACACUCUCCGUCCUCCAGCAUCUCAACCCCCUAGGUCUACUCUGUGAGGCCUCGGCGGACACUGGCUCCAAGGUCCUUGGCCUUCGUUCCAUCUCCUUGAAGUUGCCCCCAAGGGGUGG